UCCUUCUCUCUUCACUAUUCACAGGUAAACUAUUCAACACAUUUAUUUCAUCAGAUUUCAUUUCAUUACUCUCACUGACAUUCUGACAAACAUGUUCAGUUUCAUCUCAUGUCACAUUUAUCAUAGAGUUCAUGUGUCUUAUUCUCACGUUCAAAAGUCUGAUGUCAAGAGUCAAUAGUCUCUUUCACACAUACAGCCUUUACUGGUUAAUUGCAAGAAAAUUGCAGUUAACAGAUCAUGUGUGAACAGGACCUUUAGGGUAAAUCGUACUUCCAUUUUUCAGAUAUAAAAUCAUACCGUCACCAUAUUUUCAAACAUAGCUACGGUUGAACGUCCGCCUGAUGACAUCAUAUUACUGGCUGUGUGAACGCUGUCUUACUCUUAAUUUAACAGAAUGCCAUUGUUUGUGUGAACAGGACAUUACCUGAAUGACGUUACCAGAAACGUACCAUCAUUUCUGAGUGAAAAGGGAUAAAGGAACUAGAUCACAUGUUUUACUGUCAAAUCUUCUGAUUUAUGUGAUAUUAAAAUAAGAAAACUCUAUCUGUCAUUGAGAGAUAAAUAUUGAACUGUUUGAAUAUAUUGUGAAGUAUUAAUAUGAAUGAUGUCAUCUGCUGUUUCAGGUGUGAGUGAAGCAGAAGUGAAUGAUGUGUUCAUCAGUUCUGGUGAAAGUGUGUCUCUGUCCUGUAAUGAUGCUCUUCAUCAAUGCUCCUCAACUACAUGGAUCUAUAAUAAUUAUACAACAUCAUCUACAGUAGAAGUGUUUACUGGAGGAAUAAAUCGGAAUAACACUGAAAGAUCUGAGAGACUGAGUCUGACAUCUAACUGCUCUCUCAACAUCUAUAAAACAACACAACAUGAUGCUGGAAGUUACAUCUGCAUACAAUAUGUGAAUGGACGUCUACAUGGACCUUAUUCACAUGUUUUUCUACAUGUUCUUCAUGUGUCUUCAUCAUCAUCAUCAUCAUCACAGACUGAGAUAAGAGCAAACACAUCUGUCACUCUCUCCUGUCAGCUGUUUUCAUAUGACUGUGAUCAUGUGUUCAGUUAUUAUGAAUACCAGCUGGUGUGGAUGAAUCAGACUGAUGUUGAUCUACAGACAGACUCCAGAUAUCAGAUUAGAUCAGAUGAACUCUGUCUCAUCUCUCUGACUACAACACUCGUGAAUGAAGACGACAACACAGAGUUGAGAUGUGUGCUCAAACACAAGAAUGACAUCAAGACCUCAGUCACAUAUACUGUCAGAUUUACAGGUAAGACAUCACUCUGACAGGAGUGUCCUGAACUCAAAGUGACUUCAGUCAUUAAACUCUGUACUGAUGAUGAAGAAAUGACAUAAACAUGAAAUAUGAUUGUGAUGUUCUACAGUAUGAUGUCUCUGAACAUUCAUCAUCUUCUACAGAUUCAAACAAGAUUCUAGUGACCACCACAAACCCUGAGAGAUUCUCAACUCAUAACACACCAGAAACUACACAACAACAAGGUAUAUCAUCGGCGUUUGUGUGUGUGUGUGUGUUUGUGUGUGUGUGUUUGUG